AUGUCCCAACAUACCGCUUCCACAUCCCCCGAUGCCUCCUCCACCACCCAAGUCGCCGGACACCCCUCCUCCGCUACCUCCCGCGCCGCCGAACUCGCCAGUCUUAAGGUAAAGCUGCGCGGUGCGCUGCGCCAGUUUCCUGACUUCCCGUCCCCCGGCAUCCUCUUCGAAGAUAUCCUUCCCAUCUUCUCCGAUCACUCCACCCACGAAGCCCUCGUUCGCUGCCUUGAGCUCCACAUCCUAGAAACUCUUGCGGAUGAGAAGCCCGAUGUUAUCGUCGGCCUAGAGGCCCGAGGAUUCCUCAUGGGCCCUAGCCUCGCUCUAAAACUCGGCGCCGGUUUUGUCCCUGUUCGCAAGCGGGGCAAGCUUCCGGGUCCAUGCGAGACGCAGGGCUACGAGAAGGAAUAUGGUCAGGACUUCUUCCAGAUGCAGUCCGAUGCUAUCAAGCCUGGCCAGAAGGUGAUCGUGAUUGACGAUAUCAUCGCAACAGGCGGCUCGGCUUACGCAGCGGGAGAGCUCAUUAAGAAAAUGGGUGGUAAUGUGCUGGGAUUUGUCUUCUUGCUCGAACUGGAAUUCCUUCACGGCCGGGACAAGCUGUCUGCGCCCGUUCACACCCUGCUCACUGGCCAGGAAACGAAAGCGUAA